GGCGAAAUAUCCAUUUUUAACUUCCGGGGAAACGCCAUUUUAAAACGUUCUGGUUCUCUCAUAAACAGAUAAACAAGACUUUUUAUAAGAAAAAGUAAAGAAUGGCCACUGUACCUGGGAAUUUACCCCGUCGAAUCAUAAAGGAGACACAGAGAUUAAUGACAGAGCCAGUACAGGGUAUUAAGGCAAUUCCAGAUGAAUGUAAUGCAAGAUAUUUUAAAGUAGUAGUUGAUGGUCCAAAAGAGUCUCCCUAUGAAAAUGGUACAUUUCAAUUAGAAUUGUUUUUACCAGAAGAAUAUCCAAUGUCUGCACCGAAAGUUAGAUUUAUGACUAAAAUAUAUCAUCCUAAUAUAGAUAAACUUGGCAGAAUAUGUCUAGAUAUAUUAAAAGAUAAAUGGAGUCCUGCAUUACAGAUAAGAACUGUUCUAUUAUCAAUACAAGCUUUAUUAAGUGCACCUAAUCCAGAUGAUCCCUUAGCAAAUGAUGUAGCAGAAGAAUGGAAAACAAAUGAAGCACAGGCUAUAGAGAGAGCUAGAGCAUGGACAAGAACCUAUGCCAGUAGUUCAGACAAAUAGUAUAAAUCUAAAAGAAAGAAAGACUAGAAUUAAGUGCUACAUAUGUGAUAAAAACAGUGUCAUCACUUACCAUUGUCACUUUAUAUCUGUGGAAAUAUUUAUAACGAUCAUCUCAAGAUUACAUUCACUUAAGAAUAAGAAUGUGUGUAUUUGUAGAUAUUUUAACAGUGGUGUAAUUCCACAUGUGUAAUUCAUUGCAUUGCAGCCUUAUUACAUAAACAUUUUAAAUGAAGCAGAUAUAAUAUUUUUCACUUCUCCUAAAGCUGUCUUCCCAAGACCCAUUUGUUUAUGUAAGAUAAAUUUAAGUUUUGUUGUUUACCCAACUUUGUGGAAUUUUUACCCAAAGUUACAGUUUGAAUUUCUGAUGGUGAUUUUUAGAGCCCUUUAUUUGCUUCUUUCGAAAUUGUGAGUAAGGUCAUAAAUGUUAGACUAUUGAACAAUGCUAUGUGUUUUUUUGUGUACCAAAUUGUAAAUGCAGAACACAAAAAACUAUUCACAAAGUGAUGAUUGAAAUCGAAUGCAUAUAUAUUAAUUUUGGUGGUAACCAAGUGUUCUUUUUUGUUCUAUUUCAACAAUGUAUUUUGCCAUUACAACCAAAAUAAGUUUUUCGAUUUGCCUGAACUGUUAGAACAAAUUUAGUCUUUCUAAUAUCUGAAUCACCUUAAGGUUUAUAUUGCCAUCAGAAAAUAGAUAUUACUCUGAUACCAAUCAUACAUCUAUAGUGGUAAGAUGAUUAUUAUGGAACAAAACUGCAAUAAGCUCUGGUCAUAGUAUGGUAUGGUUGUGUCCUCAUUUUUGUCGUCUUGCUUGUUGUAUUACGUCUGUAGACACUAUGUUUUUACAAUAAAUUUGCUUAUAGUU